ACGACGCGAUAGAUUUCCGGGAAAGGGCCACCCGUCGUCCCGUGGGAAAAGCCGCGCAGCACAACAGCACGGCGCGUCUGCAUCUUUCCCUUCCCCGUGACCGCCCCGGGUCGCCGGUUUCGCGGCCCCAAAUCCGUGUGCGCCGCUGCAGCUGCCUGCCCCACCCCUAAAUCCAUCUCGCCGGCAGCCGGGUCGUCACAACCUCCCGCCCCCCCCCCCCCCCCCCUUCCAAGAUCAUCAAGCGAAUCCUCUUCGCCUGACCGCCGAACGUAUCAUUCGACUCAAGUCGAAUUCGUCUCUGGGACUGUUGCCCUCGUCCUCCCCUCCACUGGCGCGGGAGGUGCAGAUCCAUCCGGACGCGGGGGGGUUGAUUUCUUCUUUUGCUGGACUGGAGUAUAUGCGCGGCACCACGCAAAAGCUGUGAUCAAUCUGUUGCUCUGCUGAAGAGGAGGAUGUUGGGACAGUUGCUUCUUUGAGCUGCCGUUCUCGCCCACGCUGCCCUGAUAAGUCACGGAGUGUGGGAAUCCAGUGAAUAAACAUGGACAGAAGAGUUGGAGCAAUUCUGUGCCUUCUCUUCGUCCUUGUCCGAGACGUGUCGGCGGUCGCCCAGACCGAGGUUGGCUAUGUCCGUUUAGUACAGGAGUCGCCCUAUAGGAAAGUAGAGGGUGACGGAAGGCAGGAUGGAGGCAAGUCUGGGAGGGUGUCGGUGUCAACAGUUGCAUGGUCCACGCUCGUCAUGGCUGCGGCAACCGGGUUGGGAGCAGUGCCUUUCUUUUUCAUGGAGCUGGAAGCCCAGUGGGCCGGCCUUUGCAAUGGAUUAGCGGCCGGUGUGAUGUUGGCAGCGAGCUUCGACCUUGUGCAGGAAGGGCAGGUGUAUGGCAGUGGGAGCUGGGUUGUUUUUGGGAUUUUGAGCGGAGGCAUAUUUAUUUGGCUUUGCAAGAAGUUUCUUGAGCAAUAUGGAGAAGUAAGCAUGCUGGAUAUAAAAGGCGCAGAUGCAAGUAAAGUUAUUCUUGUUGUCGGAAUAAUGACUCUCCAUUCUUUUGGGGAAGGCUCUGGUGUGGGUGUUUCCUUUGCUGGCUCGAAAGGAUUCUCUCAGGGCCUUUUAGUUACUAUAGCUAUAGCAGUGCACAACAUACCCGAAGGCUUAGCUGUAAGCAUGGUACUCACAUCUAGAGGUGUGUCCCCCCAAAAUGCAAUGAUAUGGAGUAUCAUAACAUCUUUACCACAGCCAAUUGUUGCUGUUCCUGCAUUCCUUUGUGCCGAUGCAUUCCAGAAGGUGCUUCCCUUUUGUACUGGUUUCGCUGCAGGAUGCAUGAUAUGGAUUGUUAUUGCAGAGGUUCUUCCUGAUGCUUUUAAGGAAGCAACUCCAUCUCAAGUUGCUUCUGCUGGAACGCUUGCUGUUGCUUUCAUGGAAACAUUAAGUACUGUGCUUCAGGGAUUUACUGAUGGCCAGAACUUGGAAGAUGCAUCAGGCUUCUUGGUAUCACUUGUAUUUGGACUUGGUCCACUUUUUGGAGGAAUUAUACUUGUUGCAUUCUCUCUUGCCUUCAGCAUGCCACAUCCUCUUCUUACUGGUGUAGCAUCUGGCAUUGCCUUCCGUCUUGCAGCAUGGAGACCUGUACAGCUUCUAAUGUCCUCGAAAAUGGGUCUCUUUACCACCCUCUUUCUCCUCAUCGGAGGUUCCCUUGUCUACCAUGUUGCCACAUCAAGCAUCCUUAGGGUGGUUAAUCGCAAAAGAACUCCCGUUAAUGUCAUUACAUCGUCCUCUGGCCUCUCUCUUAGUGUCCUCACACUGCAAUCGCUCCUUGCUUGUGGUGCUGUAUUCCUUCAUGCAUACGCCGAAGGACUUGUACUUGGUGUGGCUGCGCGCAAGGCUUAUGGUCUUGGCCGUUACAUGGUUCUUCCAGUCUCCCUCCAUGGCCUGCCACGAGGUGCUGCUGUAGCGAGCUGUGUAUAUGGUGCCACGGAUAGCUGGCGUGGAGCCCUGGCAGCCGCUGCUUUCACAGGGUUUGCAGGACCAAGUGCCGCCAUCAGUGCCAUUCUUGCGAAGAUUGACUAUGAUGGACUCGACUACUGGAUGGUCAUCGCAUGCGGGGCUCUGAUCCCCAGCUUUGGCCGUGUUUUCAGGCGCUCGCUGCGGUUGGACACACGGAAGAGCAUUGUUGGGCUGCUGAUAGGUAUCACCUUUGCCUCCGUGUGCUUGAUGUCGACUAGAUUCAUUUGCUUGCACACCCCUUACUGCAACUCAGCUCCAGAAGCAGUCACAUAACUUGUGUUGUCCGGUGCUCUUGUAUAACAUGUAAUACCAGUGUAAUGGCUAUACAAAAAAUGAAAGAGAUUAGACAUUGGCAUUGAGACAACCCCCUGCUUGGACAAAUAAAAGGGAAAUAGACAUUAGACGGAAUGAUUUUUGUCUGUUCGGCCUUGAAUGGCCUUGUAUGAUCCGAUUUAGGAUCAUGAUUUUGACGACCUUGGCCGUUGUAUUCGUAUACCUUUUCUCUUAAUUAAGUUUUUUAAUUGAA